AUAUUUAUGUAGUAUAUUGUCACACUCAAGUGUUUAUCUAACUUUGAAAGUCAUACUUGUAGUUAUUAUUACCUAGAAAAGGUUUUUCUUAUUUUUGACAGUUGUUUACUGUUUCGGUCGUCUUGUCUGUCGCCAUUUUUAGCGCCAAAUCGACUGUGACGUUUUAAAGUGAAAGUAACUUUCACUUUCGAUUUCACUUUUCUGAAAACGUGUUUGUUUACAUUAGACUAGUUAGUAGCUUAUGAAAUAUAUUUUCAAGCUUUAGUUAGUAGUUUUAAGUAAGGUUAUUAUUGUUUACAUAAACAUUUACUUAAUUCAUUAGGUGAAGUAAUAUUUUGAAAUAUUUUCUUGAACUCUUUUUGCUGCUGUUGUGUACUAGUGUAUACAGUAUAUCAGCUGAUCAGUUGUGGGCAGCAUUAUUUGAUAAGUUCACGAAAUCAUAAGGUCUUUUCAUAUCUAUUGACAAUUAUAUUGUAUUAAAUUAGUUGAACAUAUCAUAAGUUCAAGUAGUUUGGGCUGUUAUAUUUGUAAAUUUUUCAGAUUUUUUAAAAUUACACUUUAGGGGGGAAAAAAGAAGAGAAUUUUUGUUUUUUUCUAAAUUUUUCAAAUUGUUUUUUCACUCAAUUAGGUUAUUUUUGUUCAGUCUCUGUUUUAAAACAAGUUUUUGAAUUAUAGAUAUUUCUUGUAUUUAAUUGUCAAAAUUAGUUCAGGCUUUGAAAUUACUAAAGUUAGAACUGAUUACUUGUGAUCACCAGCAUGCAGUCAACUAUGCAGUCAAUAAUGGACAAAUCAUUGACCUACCAUCAAUAUGAUCAACAAUAUGUAUUAUAAUCCAAUCAACAUUGGAUAUAUUAGUGAGGGGGUGAGUGCACAGAGUGCAUUUCAGCAACCAUUAGUAGGUCCAGUGUCUACAGGCCAACUUUCCCUGCAGACAGGUACAGUGCUACAUGGUCAUAAUGCCCCUCCAGGAUUCAACCAACAUUACAGUGGAAUCCCUGCACCAUAUGGAACACCAUAUUCAGCUCAAUACCCUCCACAAAGUGCUAUUCUAAAUCCAUGGGGGGUAAUGUCAGGUGUUUCAAUGGGACCAGAAAAUAACACAAAUAUGUUAGUUGGAAGUUCUUCCAUGACACAGGGAGGUUAUUUACCGUCAAAUGUCAAUGGAAUGAUGCCAACUGGAUAUACCGUUUCAAGGGCCACUGGAACAAGUUACACUGGUACAUUUUCCCAGGCACAGGGUGGUUCGACUGGCUCCAUACCGCCAAGUGUUCAGGGGUUAAUGAUGCCAUACCAAACAACAUCAAGUCUAAGUGGAUUUCCUUCCCAUGCAGCAAGCAGUUUCCAGUCAUCGGUUUCUCAGGCAUCAGUACUACCGACCACCAGUGUACCCAUACCACAAAGCGGCAAUAUACCAUUCAAUGGUCAGGGUACUAUUGUCAACAUAGUACCAUCUACCACCAUUAUACCUAUACAACAGGGUAGUUAUGUACCAUUUAAUGGUCUGGAAACCAAUGUCAAUAUUGUACCAUCUACCAACAGCGUACCAAUACCACAGUAUAUACCGAUGAGUAGUCAUAGUACAAAUCUCAACAUGGUUCCAACUGCAUAUACCAACAGUACUCCUAUACCACAGGGCGGUUACUUACCGAUUAGUGGUCAGGGUACAAACGUCAAUAUUGUACCACCUACAAACAAUGCAUCCAUACCACAGGGUGGUUACGUACCAAUUAGUGGUCAAGAUACAAAUGUCAAUAUUGUACCAUUUACCAACGGCGUACCAAUAACACAGGGCAUCUAUAUACCGAUGAGUAGUCAUAGUACGAAUCUCAACAUGGUACCAGGUGCAUAUACCAACAGUACUCCUAUACCACAGGGCGGUUACUUACCGAUUAGUGGUCAGGGUACAAACGUCAAUAAUGCACCUACAAACAAUGCAUCCAUACCACAGGGUGGUUACGUACCAAUAAGUGUUCAUGGUACAAAUGCCAACAUGGUACCACUUACAAACAUUGCACCUGUGCCACAUGGCGGUUCCAUACCAUUCAGUGGUCAAGGUACAAACUCAAACCUGGUAACAGUCACUACACCACAAGCGGGUUACAUUCCAUGUACUGGUCAAGGUGUUGGGCUCAAGGUUAUGUCACAAACAUUGUACCAACCAGUUCAAUCAACACAGAACUCAAAUACUUCCAACCAGUAUGUGCCAUGUACACCAAAUCAUGCUAUGCAAUACAGCACUAAAAAACAGGCACUGACACACAAUCAUAUUCAACCACCACCAGGUUUCCAACAACUGCAGCCACAACAAGGUUCACAAACACCCAGCCAGUUUCUUCAAUGCACACAACAGCAGACUGUACAAUACAAUCAACAGGCUAACAUGCAACCAUUGAGAACACAAUUUCAACCUACACAGCAGGUUAACUCUCAACAAAUAACAACACAAGAUCAGCUCACACAACAGAUACAUGCUCCAACAUUGCUAACUCAGAAUCAGCAGACACAAGAGAUUUACACUCAAACACUGCAGACCCAAAUCAACAUGCAACAGCCACAACAACAUAAUUCUCAGACACAACUUGAUCAGAUUAUCUCUCCACCACAGCAUUACACAAUGCAGCAAAGCAGGCCAAGUGUAUACCAUGUUGGUCAAGUACAUCAACAAACUCAAAUGCAAGAUGUACCAUGCCAAAAUACAGGUGUGGCACCAGCUCUGAUGCAGGAUCUGAUCCCAGGCCUAACAGAUCAAGUCAGUCCGACUCUGUUACAUGGCAGUAACAUGCCUCCCCCUGGAGCAGGUUUGACAGUUACAGGUAGCAUUCAGUACCAAGUCAAUCCGGCAAAGUUGCAAGGUGGUUAUGAACCACUAAUGGCUUCAGCCAGUACUGAAUCUAUUCCUGGAAAUGUGGAGAAGAGUUCCAAGAUGCAGAUGUUUUGCUACAAUUCUGAGUCGGUCCAGACAGUGGGCGCUUUAAAACCGCUAACUGUUGAGGUAUCUGACCAGGGUUCUUCUUCAGUGUCUGGCAAUAUCAUUUUAACAGCUAAAGCAAGUGUUUGUUCUGACCAUGCACGGAACACACAACCCCAUGGAUCUAAGCAAACACUCAUGUUAUUGCAGCAGUGCCAACAACCACAUUUGCAAGGUGUACUUGCGCCACUCCUAGCACUUCAGUUGCCUCCUGAACAAUACAUGGCACAACCUCAACAUCAGCCAAUCAUGUCGCUCUCACCACACCAACAGUUUGUAGAAUGUCCACAAGAGCAGCAGAUGACACUGACCACUAUCGAGCAGCAACCUGCAACAAUGCUUCCAAAGCAACACUUGUCAAACCUGCAAUCAUCCCCAGAUCACGCUAAUACAAAAAGUGGUAACAUACACAGUGAUUGUGGUGAAGAUGAUAGGCAAGAUGUUUGCAAUGAACAUGAAAUGUCAGAUCUUGCUGAGGCACUGACUGAUGGAAGAGAGCAGCCAGAGGUGUUUGAUACACCUGAAGAAGACGCUUUGCUGCGGACAGUCAAGAGACACUAUGUUAAGGUCUAUCAACGACUGUCCACCCUGAAGAAUCAUGUCGACUCUUUGGUCAUAGACAUGCAGACCAUCACAAAGGGAAUGGAAGCAAUUGAUCUGGAGCAGAAUCAUCUGAAAUAUGACUGCUAGUGAGAAAUAACUGUAAAUUUGUUAAUAACUUAUCAUGAUUCAUUAAGCAGAAUGUUACAUGUAUCAAGACAUUUGCAGCUGCUGAUAAAUUUAUGUUAUUGA